AUGGACCACACAGGUACACAGCCGAGCCCGCACGAUUCAGAUUGCGAGAAAACCGCAGCAUCAGGAGAUUUGAGUGCUCAGAUUCCACCUGGGGACGGCAUCACUACCACGAACAAGUCCAGCCCUCGAAAAAUCCAUGGUUGGAAGUGGGCAACCGCAUACUCCGCCAUGCUAUCCACAACCCUCCUCUUCGCCCUCGACAACACCAUCGUCGCCAACAUUCAACCCGCCAUCAUCGCCGAUUUCGGGCACCUCGAACUCCUAUCAUGGAUCGGCACCGGCUUCGCCCUCGGCACCAUGUUCAUUCUGCUGUGGGGAAAGAUCUACGGCAUCUUCAAUAUCAAGUGGGUAUACAUCUUCAACAUCCUUUUGUUUGAGGCUGGCAGUGCGCUUUGUGGCGCGGCUCCUAAUAUUGAGGCGCUUAUUAUCGGAAGGGUUGUUGCGGGUGUGGGGGGCUCGGGCAUGUAUUCAGGUACGCUGACGUAUGUGUCGGUUCUUACGGAUGAGAGGGAGAAGCCGGCGUAUCUUGCGGGAAGUACAGUUGUUUGGGGUGUUGGCAGUGUCUUGGGCCCGGUGGUCGGCGGCGCGUUCGCGGCAAGUAAUGCCACUUGGAGAUGGGGGUUUUACGUCAAUCUUCCCAUUGGUGCUCUCUUCGCACCCGUAUACGUCUUCCUAUUCCCCAGUAUCGGCCCCUAUCCACCCAAGACGCUCGCUGAGAAGUUGCGCCUUGUCGACUGGGUCAACGCCGUCAUCUUCCUCGCUGGCUCCGCCUGCCUAACCGUCGUGCUCACCUUCGGUGGGGUCAUCUACCCGUUCAAUUCCGGAACUGUAAUCGCGCUGUGGACCAUCACGGGCGUUCUGCUUGUCACCUUCAUUGUCAUGCUAAAGUUGCACCCGCUGGUGACCAAAGAGAGUCGACUGUACCCACUACAUUUCUUCAAGCAGCCGACGUUGAUCAACAUGCAACUUCAAGUGUUUCUGUCUUCUGGAAUCAUCCUGGCCAUGACUUACUACAUACCUCUCUAUUUCCAAUUCGUCAAGGGCGAUGGCGCACUCGAGGCCGGCGUUCGUCUGCUACCGUUGAUUAUGUUCAUGGUCGUCGCUUCGAUGGUGAAUGGCUUUUUGAUGCCUAGGUAUGGUUUGAUACCUGUUUGGUACAUUGGAGGAAGCGCAAUGGCACUCAUUGGCACGGCUCUGAUGUACACCGUCAAUGAGAAAACGUCCAAUGCCAACAUAUACGGCUACAGCAUCCUCGUAGGAGCGGGUAACGGGUGUUACAUCGUUGCAGGUUUUGCCAUCGUGCAGUCUUUGGUUCCUGCCCACGGCAUAGCCAACGCCGUUGGCGCCAUGACAAUCUCUCAAGACCUUGGUAUGGUUCUCUUCCUCGCCAUCAGCGGCAGCCUCUUCCACAACAUAGCCGUCGACAGAGUCGGCAAGGCGCUCCCAGAGAUCUCCCCCACGGAGAUCGGGAACCUCAUCGCGGGAUCAAGCAGCAAGGCCUUCCAGGCACUGUCCGAUGAGGAGAAAGCUUUGGUCAUUCCCGAGAUAGCCAGCGCCAUGACCAGCAUCUGGGCUUUCUUCCUUGUUGCGUCUGCAUUAAGCCUGGUAUGCUCGGUUCCAUUGCUGAAAGCCAAACUCGGUGAUGGGAGGAAAGAUACUGCGGUGACUGCGGUGACUGCGGUGACUGCGGCAUGA